UAAAACUUAAGAAGAAGGAGGAGGAAGCGGAAGAAGACUGCUGUUAUGUCUAUGGUUAUUUAGACGUAAUCGUGACACUGAACUAACUGGGUGUGUGAGCCACUGUACCGCUUCAAAAGCAGCAGCGAAGUAUAUCGUUAAGCUAUGGACAGAACGUUCAGUCGGAUGAAGACACAGAGUCUGAAUAGACUGGACCUGAGUAAGAAAGGCAGCGUGGAUGAAGACAUUGAACAUGUGGUGUCUCUGCUCAACAGCUGUGAUCAGUUCUUCACCACCAGCUCAUGUUCCGGCAGGAUCAUCCUCAUCGAUGGGGCGGCAGGCAGCAGUGAUGCCCACAAACAGAACUGUGUCUGGCUGUUUGUCUCACACCAGAAGUGCACCUGUGAUGACCUGAUGUCAGGUCUGAGCAGAUCCUGUGGAGAUGCCGUGUUGAAGUUUGAACCCUUUGUUCUCCACGUUAAGUGCCGCAGGAUAGAGGAUGCACAGCUGCUGCAUUCAGUGGCUGUCAACUCAGGCUUCAGGAACUCUGGGCUCACUGUUGGCAAGACAGGGAAGAUUGUAUCGGCGGUUCGCAGCACGCACGGCCUGGAGGUUCCCCUGAGCCGUCAUGGAAAACUUUUAGUUGAUGAAGGCUACAUCCAGUUCCUGACACAAACAGCCAAUCAGAAGAUGGAAGAGAACCUCAGACGGGUACAGAGGUUCUUCCAGAACCUCCAGUCAGCCAUGUCAGCAGAGAGACAUCAAAUCCCAGACAGCCCUGGCACACAUGAACAUCAAGAUUCCCAACACACACACAAGAAAGGAAGGAGGGGAGGACAGGGAACAAAUAAACAGAACCAACUAAAUGUGUACAAACUGAGACAUCAGCAUGAGACUGAUGGUUGUCUUGGUUACGGGGACAGCAGCCUGCCUGAGCUGGAUGACUGUCUGGACCUGUUCACAUGAAUAGAUUGUCUGUUUAGAAAAGUUCAGGGCUGAGCAACUGUGUAAUUGGCUGUCCAGGGGCAGGUUUAAAUUGUGGAGUUGGAUUAACUUUCUGGAGGUGUUUGCAGAGCUGCUGAUGUUACUAAUAAAGCAAAAUGCACAGCA